CGAGCGUCGCCCGUUGCCGGAAGCGGAAGUAGCCGAACCCUCUUCAAUCGUAAGAACCCGGAAACUACCCAGGGGAUGGCGGCCGGUCGAAGUUUGAGUCGCUCGGAACGGAAAGCGGCGGCUCGCGCUGAGUUCCUCCGUCAAGAAGAGCAGCGGGAGCGACGGAGGCAGGUCUCCCGAAUCCUGCGCAAACCGCCGGCCGACCGGAGCGCCGACGAGGCGAUGCUUCUGUCUGGAUGUCAAGAGAUGGUGCGGGAUCUGGAGCGGCUUCGCAAGAAGCGGGAGAGACUGCGACGCCGGCUAGAGGAGGUGUGUGAUGAGCCUGACGAAUUGAAGAGAAAAGUCAGCAAGCUAUCUGCUGUUGUCCGAGGAGCUAAACAUCUUGUUGUAUAUACAGGAGCUGGCAUAAGUACGGCAGCUUCAAUUCCUGAUUACAGAGGCCCAAAUGGGGUGUGGACAAUGCUCAAAAAAGGGAGAAGUAUCAGGGCUACCGAUCUGAGUGAAGCAGAGCCCACACUCACCCACAUGAGCAUUGCUUGUUUGCACAACAACAAACUGGUGAAGCAUGUAGUGUCUCAAAACUGUGAUGGGCUUCACUUGCGCAGUGGCCUCCCUCGAGAAGCCCUGUCUGAGCUGCAUGGAAACAUGUACAUAGAGGUUUGCACAUCUUGCACACCCAAUCGUGAAUAUGUACGAAUAUUUGAUGUGACAGAGCGCACAGCCUUACAUAGGCAUCAGACUGGGAGAUUAUGCCAUAAAUGUGGAGCACAGCUGAGAGAUACAAUUGUACACUUUGGAGAGAAGGGUAUUUUACAGCAACCCUUGAACUGGGAGGCAGCAACAGAAGCUGCUGGCAAAGCAGACGUGAUCCUUUGCUUGGGGUCUAGCUUGAAGGUUUUGAAAAAAUAUCCACAUUUAUGGUGCAUGAGUAAACCACCCAGACACCGCCCUAAACUCUAUAUUGUAAAUCUCCAGUGGACACCAAAGGAUGAUCUCGCAGUCCUAAAACUUCACGGAAGAUGUGAUGAUGUGAUGAAGUUAUUGAUGGAUGAGUUGGGACUUCCCAUUCCUUCCUAUGAUAGAAUGAAAGACCCCAUUUUUUCUCUGGCUGUUCCUUUGCAACCUGCAGAAGAAAGCAGUCAUAGCCGAAAACUCGUGGCUCCACCAGCAAGUCUUCAUGAAGUACAACUGGGAGAGGAACAACACAUGCAUCCAGAUCCACCCUCUGGUGGCUGGUUUGGCAGAGGCUGUGCAAAAGGCACAAAGAAGAAAAAGAACUCUUGAUAACAGAUUAAAAAAAAGAUUUUGAGGACCAACUAUAGUUGCUAAAAUCAGGGCAAGAAAUGACAUCUGCACUAGACUUCAUCAGGAUUGCUGGGCUAACUGGAAAAAAACACAGCUGCUAUUUUCAUAGAGAUUUUUUAUAAUUAGCUGACAAGGACCAAAGCUUAGCUUGGGUUUCUGCCAUCUAAGGGGAGGUUGGCUUUUAAUACUCAGGGCUGCCAAUUAACAAUUAUUAAUAAAAUUAUUAUAAAUGGCU